UAACCUGCUGUUUUUCCCAUUUGGAGUUAUUCAUUCACCGCCAUCAUGACUGGAAGAGUUGUUUUUCUGGGACUCCUGCUCAUUUGUCUGACUGCAGAUGCAGUGAACAUGUCAGGAGUGACGAGAAAGCCCUCUUGCCCCAACAUGGUAGAAACCAUGGCUUGCCCUAUGAACUACGCUCCCGUGUGCGGCAGCGAUGGAGUCACUUAUCCCAACGAGUGCAGCCUGUGUGUGCAGAGACAAUUAACCAAGAUGGACAUUUUGAUCACCAAGGACGAGACCUGCUGAUCAGUUGCUGACGUCACGACCAAAGGAGCCAGUCAGGAUCCGAUCAUGUGUCAUAACAUCUUGUUCACAUGUUUUUGUCUGACUGCAAACGGGCAACAAUAAAAUGUCUUUCAGCAUUCAA